AACUAGGGUGUAUGUCGUACAUGACCAAAAAAAUACAGACUUUUUAUAUUAUAAAUUUAUUUUUUUUAUAAUUGUCUGGACAAAAGAAAGAAAUAACGACUGUAAUGAUGGCAGUAGUAUGAUCUCCUGGAAAUUUUCAAAGUUAUUCACUUUCGAUGAAUUUGUGAAAAUGCCAGCUUUGGCCGUUUCUAAAGCAGCGAGGGUUUCUGCGUUUGAGACAUGUGCCUCUGAGGACAACACAAGCAAGCUGUCAUCGAUGCCGGCCAGUCAGGACAUCCCAACCGAAAUGAAGAGACAGAUGUCGCUGAGGGACAUGGUGAUGACCCCUGAUCGGGUGCCCAAGUUCACUAUUCCACCUUUGGCUACAAUGACCAGGACACGCUGUACGGCACUUCACAACGAAUUAGAGAGAUCCAGAGUGGGAUCCCCCAAAAGCUGUCGACGGUGUACAGUGGCAUGCUUAGGACCACCCUGUCGUUCGCGGUGCAUAACUCAUCACCCAUCUGAGACAGUAUCGGAACGCGGACUCUGGCUGGACCUGGCUAACGAGGAUCUUUCGGAUCCAGUGACCCGGGCGGCGAUGUCCAUUCCGCACCUGCAAAAAAUCACCACCCCUUACGGCUUUCUCGCCCUAGGAGAGAGCCCGUGCGUCCAGCGCCGGGAGUCCCUCUUCUUCGAAGACGAGAUCGCGCAUUCAGUCACAUCCCGACCGCCGGCUGCCAGACGCAUUGCUAUGCCGCGGACGCAGUCCCUUCCUCUGUCCGAUAUGGGCAACGUGUCCCGUACAGCGAGGAGGACAUUUCGCUCCCUGUCUUGCAACUCGACCGCUUCGCGGAAUUGUGAUACCGAGGGCGACUAAAGUUGCUCCUGAAGAAGCGCCUGGCUGCGGUGAGGACUUUAAAAUCUAGCGGACGGUUGGAUGGACAAGGAGAUCUUAACGCUGGAUGCUGUACCCUAGAUAAGCGCAGAUGCUCUAAAUCAACAUAAUGUUUGCCAAUUAAAUACAGACUGUUUACAUGAAA